UCAAAACUAGAUUGGCUAUGAGGUCUCAAAGUUAUACCAGUAAUGUUGCAACAUUUUGAUCCUCUCUUUCUGUCUAGUUGGCAGUGUACUUAUAUUAUUUAUUGAAUGUAUGUGUUAACAGAAACAAGAAUAGAGCAUUGAUGAGAAAACUCUACCAACAUCAGAACACCAUGUCAGUUCGACCCCGUCGCCGGCAUGCUGGAGAGUUUCGAAUGGCGCAGCUUUGUAUUGUUCUUGUUCUUGUAUUCCUUGUUAUGAAUUCACCCCGUCUAGCUAUUGGCACAUAUGAGGUAAUUAAGCUUGACAAGAUUAUGAGCUGUUUCUCUCAAGGAGAAUAUUAUAUGCCAUCAACCUUCCAGUGGGUCAUGGAUACCAUUUCACAGUAUGCUGCUGUUCUAAACUGUACCCUGAACUUUGUUAUCUACUGCCUAAUGGGAUCCAAGUUCAGGAAUGCCCUGAGAGAAACGCUCAGGUUUAAAUCUGCACAGUCCAACAAUCGUGAGUGCACUAUCUGCUAAGGGAGAAGAACUGUGUAUAAUCGCACAAUUCUCACUUUAUUUCAGAUAAUAUUAAAAUGACCCAACAAUCAUAUUAUCUUUGUGUGUUGAUUUGAAUGGUUCAAUUGUGCCCCGAUCACGUUGAAGGCACGCACAACCGGUGUACGUUUGAAUUUGAGCUGGGCCAACCUUUGCGGUCCUACUUUGGACUGUCCCGCCUGGACAUACUUUGGCUAACCAUGGUGAACUAUGGUUAACACAGUCUGAAUUCAGGCUGCUUCUUGGUUGAAUUUUACUAAAACAGCAGCUUUGUGUGAAGAAACUAUGCGCAAUGCUGAGAAUAUGAGUUUUUGACGUCAUUUGUGGUUCGGACAAAAACGUGAGUGGUGUACUUUCCCUCCCUGGCGCACUAAACCUAACCAAACAGAUAGAUGACCGCGCACAAAGCGGCGAACCAUCUAGAGACUAUACCUUGAAUAGUGCAGAAUGAAACAAUGCAUUACGAAUAGUGCAGACGAAUUCAGCUGCUGCAUUUAAGUGACAGAGCUAUCUAAAACAUAUCAUUGACAUAAACAACAACUGUGGGACUAAUCUUUUCUUAACUUUAAACAUAUAUCAUAUGUGAAAACACGCACAAAAAAUAUUUAAACCUAAAAACGCAUUAAUAGAACAUACAAGAUAGGAUUCCAGGUGCAUCCGACCUACAAAAUUGUUGUGCAUCCACCCUACAAAUGUGUGUGCAACGAGAACAGCGAGAUCCUUAUUGUAGCACUGCAACACAUACUGUAAAGAUCUGCAGUUCCUGCGUAGGUCGGAUUAACAAAAUAGAAUGUACUUCCGAUAUUGCAGUUAGUCCAAAGUAUCGUAAGACGGAACGGAAGUACUGCAGGACGGAAAUGCUGUAGGACCGAAGUUACAGGGUGUCCCACGAAACAUGACAGUAUGCAGGACGUCUUGAAUGUCGUCUUGAUUUUUUAUAUAA